AUUAUAUAUGUAUAUUGAUAGUUUGUAGAUGCAAUUACUUGGUGACACACAGAAUUUUUGAUCAAUUUAUUGAAUAUUACAGGCAAUAUAACGUAAUAUACAUUCACGAUUCACCAUGCCAUCGUAUUGCUCUGCAUACAAGUGUUCCAACAAUAGCGAUCAAGGCUAUGCAUUAGUCAGAUACCCGCGUGAUGAAACUUUAAAAAGAAAAUGGAUUGCUGCGGUAGGAAGAGGCAAAAAUUGGUCACCUAGCAGUUCUCAAAAACUUUGCGAGAUACAUUUUAAGCCUUCUGAAAUUGAAUUUGUUGCUGGACGCAAACGAGUAAAAUUUGAUUCAGUUCCAUCUCGUUUUUGUACGUGUUCCUCAGAGGAUCGAGAGAACUGUCAUGGAAAGUUAAAAAAAAAACAGAAAAAUAGGAAUAAUCCUUAUCAGCGUCAAACUGUUAGCAAACAUAAUGAUUGUUGCAUUGUUAUUCAACCUCCUGUAAAGAAAAAUGAAAUAUUAGCUGAUAAACAAGAGGAAUUCAUUGAAGAACUAUGCAAAGAAAAAGAUGGGAUACAACUGGUGGACGAAAAUGAGAAUUUUCUGAGGAGCAUUAUAGAUGAAAAUGAGGAAUUGCAAAUUAAAGUAAAAGAAACUGUAAAAGACAUAAAGAAAACUAAAAAGAUGGAUGUGAAAGAUAUGCAUAGAAAGAUAUAUGAAGAAAAUUGUCAAUUAAAACAACAGAUUAAGAAACUAUGUGAAAGCGUACAACAUACAAGCAAAGUAUUAGCUAAGGAUCAAUUGCAAGUUUUAGAAACUGGAAGUAGUAAAUGUUUCAAAUGGUCAAAGGAAACCAUUCUAAAAGCACUAGGGUUACGUUUUACUUGUGGAACUACAGGUUAUAAUUAUUUAAGAGAAGUGGUUGCUCCUUUUCCUUCUGUCAGGACUUUACAGAGGAAUGUAGAAAAUAUAUCUUUUGAACCAGGACUUUUGACAGAUAUUUUUCUUUUAAUGAAAGAAUUUGAUGAGAUGAGCAUUCAAGAAAGAAUAGAUUUCGAUAGAAGUACUAAUGCUUAUAUUGGAUACAUAACUUUACCUGGUGUAUCUCGGACAGCUCACUCAGUAGCAUCUAAAUUAUUCGCUUUUCUUCUCAGUGGAAUAUGUAAAAGGUGGAAGCAGAUAGUAGUAUACCACUUCACGCCUUUACAAACACGCAGUAAAAGUAUUAAAGAAAUAAUAUUAAGCAUAUUAGAAGAAUGUGAAAAAAAUGGUUUUGUUGUAAUUUGUUUAGUUUGUGAUAUGGGUAAUCGUGGCGUUUUGAACGAACUUGGAUUCAGCUGCAAGAAAAAUAAAAUGGUGUUCAGCAUUCCUCAUCCAUUCAACCCAUCAAGAAAUUUGUACGCCGUUCCAGAUUUUAUUCAUACCUUUAAAAAUUUUAAAGAAAUGUUAAUGAAAAUUGGUAUUAUUGUAUUACCUGAAGAUAUUGUUAAUAUGUAUAAUUUACAAUCAGGAAUGAUAGAUAUGAAAUAUGUAGAGUGGCUUGAAGAUAAACAAUCCGAUAUGAAUCUAAAAUUUAAUCCGAAAUUGAAGAAGAAAGAUUUGAAGCCUAAUCACUUCAAUGAAAUGAAGGUUACCACAGCUACCAACAUUAUCAGUCCUGAAACUGCAGGAGCUCUUUACCGCCUCAGUGAGGCUACUAAUGAUUCUGUAAUGGAAACAACUGCUUGGUUCAGUAUAAUGUUAAAACAUAAUAUACAAAUUUACUCUAUUAUUUAUUUUAUUCAAAAUAAUGACUUCACGUAACACAUUG